UGUUUGCGGAUACAUAGACGGACCACAGUGCCUGGGAAUGGCAGGAAAAUCCCGCCAACGAGUCUCGUCGCUGCCGUAGCAACAGCAUCCAUCGUUCAUGUAGGAGUGAGACGACGUUCCCCAAAGGAGCCGAGGGGAUUUUGUGAAGUAGUGCAGGCGACGAACGACAUAAGUAUGUGUGUGUGCGAUACUGCACUGUACGCGUAGUAUGUUUAUGAAGGAUGGUGCAAUGUACAAUGUUCCGCCAGUGUCACAGUAUCCUUCGGCCUGUCUAGGAGCUGGUACAGCGUCGCUCCAUACAACCUGUCAUCACUCAGGGAAAACACGCUGCAAUAAAAAAGGAACUGAUUGUACGUCGAAAAAUGGAAAGGAACAGGAUUUGGUUGUGAAAAAAGACACAAAGGACGGAAGUGUAUGCUGCGGUGUUCGAUGGAAUAGGAAAAUCGAAGCUGUGAACCUCCUGCUGGGAAAUCAGGUUGUCCGCAAAGUGUGUUGAGUAUCGUCGUGUGCGUGCGUGCGAGAGUUGUUUGUUCAUUGCUUUCUUAUCGUUCCGUUGUGACUCACAAAAGUGUACAAAUAUAGUAAGAAAACGCAAUCUUUUGACGCUCAACCAGCUGUAAAAGUUAACAAAACCAGUGUGUAGUGCGUUUCUUCCACGGGCCGGGGGGAGUACAGUGAAUAGAUCAAAGUGGUCGUGUCGCAUUGUCAAGGAUACUGCGACUCUGCAUCGUACGCAGCUGGUGGCACAAAAGGGCUGUGACGGGGAAUGACAGUGUAGCGGAAAAGCGGGAGUCUGUGGCUGCCAUCCUGCGUCGUACGAGUGUACCCAGGCUCGCGUACACUAAAAUGAAUACGGAUACCAUUGCAUGCAUAGCAAAGGAGCUGUAACUAGCGAACGUGUGUGCGUGUGUGUCAAGCUGUAACGAUGAGUGCUCCCAACAGCGCAUUAUAGCAUUUGCAACAGUGCACGUACAGUACUUGAGACAACAGCUCAAUCGACACAGUCCAACAGGUUGCAGAAGACAGUGAACAGUCGUGCUGCGUGCGAUAAGAUGGGCAGCUUGCCAAACUUGAGUGAUCUUUCGACCGAAAAGCUGGAAAGGCGUCUGGAAGAGCGGGAACGCAUCCUUGCCCGGGACCGCAUCAUUGAGCGUGACUUUGGCCGGGAGAAGGAAUCGAUUCGAACGCUGGAACGACCCGUCUUUAUCCAUAAGCAAAACAUUGCAGCAGCGAAAAGUAUCUUUCAGCAGAAAUGUCCGCCCGGCUCGAGGAAGGUGAUGCGAACGCGAAGCUCUGGACAGGCGCAUCACAUUUGGGACGACCCGAUCAUAGAUCAAUACUUAAAUAACUACUCGCCGGCCUCGAACCGCAGCCAUCGGAUCUCGGUUGGGCCAACGUUUCCCGCCACCUACCAGUUCCAGUCGUCUUCGCUCGGCAACCGACAUCGGCGCGACUCGGUCAACAGUUCCAUCGGCGCGACGUCCGUGCGCAAGUUGCUGACGGUGCAGAACCGAAGCUACGGCUGUCGACACAAGAUCCCGUCGCACGUCCGCUCGAAGAUGACGAAGAACUUUAUCCUGGUGGCGGUGGCGCACGGUUUCAUGUGUACCGCGCUGAUACCGCUCAUCGUGCUGCAGGGUGCUAACUCCACCUGGUUCCAGCAGGAAUCGUGGCUGGCCGCCGGUCCGGACGUUGGGUCGGGCCUGCUAAGCCUGUGCUGUGCCGUGACGGCCGGCAUGAGCCUGAUGACGACCAAGCUGGUGCAGCGCUUCGGGUACUCCAUCGUACUGGCGGCCAGCUACGGCGCUCUGUGUCUGUUUCUGGCCGCUCACAUCUACCCGGUGCUGUUGGCCCUGGUGCCCGCAUACCUGCUGCUCGGCAUGUUUCUCGGCCCUUCCGUCAUCUGCAAGCAAGCGCUGCUGGUGUCGAUGGCGGGCAAGCUGAGCUGUUCGCAGCCCGAAUGUGGAGGAACCAGCACGGCCGGUGCCAACGCGGACAGCUACGACGAUCAUCGGUUGAUAUGCAGUAGGCAGGAGCAGGUUCGUCGCCUGGGACGUUGGUUCCGAGCGGCGGGAGACUUUGGCAUCAUUGUCGGCACCAUCGUGGCUGCGUUUGUGCUGACGUGUGCCUCCGGAUCGAACCGGAUUGGCUGUUACUACAUCACGAGUCUCGCUCCGCCGGUCCCAAAUGCGGCACUCACGGGAACACUGAACGGAACGAUGGCAACGUACAAUGGAUCGCACACCGACCAGCCCGCGGACGGUGGAUUGCCACUGUACCGAGACAUGCUUAUGUCACUGCCCGAAGCGACGGAACAGCAACCAACCGACACGCCAAAAAUCCCAACGACCGCAACAACCACAACAACGACAACGACCACAACGACUGAGAGCACAAAACUCACCAAACCCACACCUUCGAUGCCGACACUACGCGAAACGAUGUACUUUCUGUACAACAUCCGGUUGCCCGAUCCGACCGGCAACGGUGACGAAGGGUUCCAUCCGGCAAGCACAUCGACCGGUCCACCGGGUGGUGCCGGGAGUGGCGAGGAUCCGGCGGGCCAGUUGAUGGACCGGUUUCCGUACAGCAUGUUCCAGACGAACGACUACGGCGAGCGCAUCUGUGGCUCCCAUCUGUGCCCGGUGUGGGACAGGAACGUGCCGAUCAACAGCAGCGCGCUGGAGAAUCAGCUCAAGCUGCGGGGCUACACGGGUGCGACACCGCUGAUGGGCAUCUAUCUCGUGUUCGGGGUGCUGGCGUUCACGGUGACCGCGUUCACGACGGACAUUGAGUUCAACGUGAAGUUUGAUUCGAUUCGGCGCAUGUCCGACACGCUGCUGUUUGCCGGACCGCUCGCGUACUUCGUCGGCACCGAGCAGGCGUACAUGAUGGCCGACUUUAUGAAGGCCUUUGUUGCCUGCGAACUAGGACCGAACAGUGUGGCGGGCGUGCUGAUCGGUAUGGGUGUGAUGCAGCUGAUUGCCGCCUGUACCCUGAGCAUGCUGCUGAGACACACCAAGCGCGUUGUAGUGAUCGUUGCUGGCUUCAUGUUUCACGCCUGUCUGCUGCUGGUUCUGCUGCGCUGGAAGCCUUCCAGGGAUGAUAGUGCCGUGCUGUACGUCAUACCGGCAGCGUGGGGCGUUUGCAAUGCCGUCUGGGAGACACUGCUGUUUGCGCUGACUACGCUCACCCAUCCGAACAAGUUCGCCGAAGUGACCUCUCCGCUGCAGGCACUGCGGUUCCUCGGGCUGGCCGUCACGUUUGCCGGCCACGGGGUGCUUUGCGAGGCGCCGAAAAUCAUCAUCCUCGCGAUACUGCUCGUCAUCUCGGUCAUACCGUACACCAUGCUCGAGCUGAAGCUGGAAAACCAGCGCAAAGCGCUAAAGCUCAGCUUGUGACGACUGUGUGCGCACGAUUACUAAUGUUUGGUGAAGCAAAAGCACUACUGAGGCUCCUGGGAGAGGGGCGGAGAAGGGCGGGAGAUCGAUCUGCGGGACAUGGUAGUGCUUUGCUGGCCCACAACUGUGCGAACACGAGGUAGCUUAUGGAGCCAUUGCUUCUCCCGGUAAUCGUUGCCUGACUUCGCGUCGUACUUGCGUGUAUUGGACAUUGCGUGAGGGACAUGUGAUGUGUGGUCGUGAAAAACACCCGGAGGAUCCUCGAUCCUCCCACCAAACAGAGUUAACACGUACUUACGGUCUUUAACCCAUUGCCUUGGAAAUUUGGUGGAAAUAGACACAGUGGACAAGACAUUGUUGGCCGUUCGGGGAGGGGGAACCGCGUGCACAGUAGUGCCGAUCAAAAGGACUCUCUGUCUCUCGCACUCUCUCUCUCUAUCUGAAAUAUCUGUUCGGAUGAUUUAAUGUGAUCCUCAUGCCCCCUCCUUUGCUCUGGAGCUGUAUUAGCUAACUGUUAGCCUUCCAGCGUAGUGUAGAGAUGUUUUGCUCUCGUUGUUCUCCUGUUCCAAAGCGACCGGCUACACACUUAGAGAAAUCGUUGAUUGCAGAGACAUUGCAGAAGAAAUAGCGGGAAUUCCUGGACCCAUCGAAUCUUUUAAUGUUGCUGGAAUUAUGAACACGGAAAGCUCUGUGUGUGUGAGUGUGGGGGAGAUUUCUCUUCAAAUGUUCAAUCACACCUUCACCACAAACGAACCGUUGUGUAAUUACAAUAGUGUUUCCGCACGGCCAUCUCAUCGUUGUGGCCCUAUUAGACUAGCGUCCCAUCGUUUUAACAUCUUUCUCAUGCCAAAGAAUUACGGAACGGAGCGUUUGAAUGUGGACCGUAGAGCGGUGGAGAUUGAAAUUGCUAAACCAUAAAAAAGUAUCACACGCUGCAGGGAAGUUUUUGAAAACGGAAGUGCUUAUUGUAGCGGCUGCUCGAUUGAUGUUCUGACUGUGUGCCAAUUUUCAACGAAACAAACAGAAUCACAUAUACUUAGAUGGGAUAGGAGGAGUGCGUGUAGGAAAUUUAUACAUAUACUCUUAAUGGCAAACAUAGGCAUGCAUGUAUAUGCAACACACUUUAGGCGAAAUUGCACAACAAAUUACAAUGCCAAACUCAAGCAGCUUCGCGCGGGUGCGGUUGUGGAGAGCACAUUACAGUAGAAGCGCUGCAGUGCACUUAUAGUAGUAGCUAGUAGUAGUGGUGACCAGUAUUAGCCCGCUGGUGUAGUGCUGGAGUAGUGCUGGGAAAUCAAUCAAACGCUGGCUUAUUUCAUUGAGCCCGGGAAAUUAGCCUCGAUAAACUAGCAAGAUCAGCAGCAGCAGCUCGCUUGUAACACGUUGUCAAAUGGGGCAUGUGUGCGAUGUUGGGUACUACUAGACGCAGACUAAGAUAUCCUACAAACAAAUAAGCAGUGCCAAAACCCGUGCCGUUUCGUGCAGAGCGUGACACAUUCCAAUCACUUUAUUGUUGGCCAAACAGUGCGUAGAAAAAAAGGUAGAUAAAAAAGGAAAUAUCAAAAAAGGACGAUCGGUAAAAGUGUUCCAAAUAUCAAUCAAACCCUUGGGCAUAACUACUCAAUAGUGCCACAAUCACAUCACAUGUAGCCUCCCCGGAAGUCACCAGAACGCUUCGUAUUACUCCCCAUGGAUCAGGUAGCGAUGGUUUGUAGUCCCUCUUUGUACUCAACGGCGUCCAGUGUGUCUGAGUGUGUGUGAGUGUGUUGGUGUGUGUGUGUGUGGUUGUCUGCAUGUGCCCACGUCGGUAAUGUUUAGUGCCAUUUGAUGCAAAUCAUUGUCAAAAAAAAGCCAAACAGUAUCCUAUACACACAUUAACAUGAAUAAAGUCGAAAAGAUAAUCUAUAUAUACAUACGUAAA